UGCUACCUAGCUGCACCAGCAACUCUUGACACAAUGAACUACAGCGUCUUCCCUGGAUCUGUCUAUCCAGGUUCCUACUGGGGCAGCUGUGGCUAUCCCUUGGGCUACAGUGUUGGUUGUGGCUAUGGAAGCACCUACUCACCACCAGGCUAUGGCCUUGGCUAUGGAUACAGUGGUUGUGGACCAUAUGGCUACAGAAGAUGUUGGUCUUUCGGACUCUAUUGAUUGGCUGAAAUAGCUGAGACUAAGUCUGCAUCUACUCACCAUCUCUCUUCUCCAUUGCUGCUCUUCUGACCUGAUACCAGGCUACUACAGGAAGAUCUUGCCAGCCUUGAAUAUUGACAUGUUGGGCCAACUUUACAUCAAGCUGAAUG